AUGGCAUCGACAGCCGAUCUCCGUGUCCAGCAGAUAUUGCCACACGAUGGUCGACAGCUUACAUAUAAGCAAAUCUCGCGCGCAGUUCAGCAUGCGUAUAACCUUGCACCGACCCUUGCAGAACAGCUCACAUCUUCCGCCCGUCUGCUCGACCAAGGGAGGGGCCACAUCGACUUACAUGAUCUCAACGCAUUGAAUGUUGUCCAGCACGACGCUUCAUUCACGCGUCCCGACAUUGCCUUCUGUCCCGACCAAAGCUUUCCACACCCCAGCAUGGUCGAUAUGCUCCUCGACCAUGCGAAAAACGGCAAAUCCCUUUCAAUUGAUGACAUUGCCUACUAUUCAGGUCUCCGCCGUGCUAAGUCAAAACGCUCAAAUGGCCAAUACUCGCUAACAUGGAGCUUUCUACACAAGUUCUUUGGAUCUGGAAACUCUGCACUCAUGUACUCGAUCUUUGGCGGCGAUGUCGGAGAUCUGAGCAUCUGGCUGAGUGAGGAACGAUUCCCAGACGGAUGGGAACCUAAGAACAGAGAGGCACAUGGGCACACUAUCGCACAAGCGCAAGCCACAUCUCUCACGAUCGAGUUCAACAUUAACGAGAAGCAGAAGCUCCGCCCUAAGGAUGUGGCGUAUCUCGAAUCCAAUGAACAGUAA